AUGGCUCGGCUAAACACCCGACAUCCCUCAUCUGAGAUAGAAAGCCGCAGGCGAUCCUCUUCUUCUACUCGCGAAUCUUCAACUGCAUCUACACCCCCAUCGGUCGACUCUGACAAGGAGAAUAACCAGCGAUCAAGAAAGAGUCAGGGAAAGCGCAAAAGUGGGGCUGUAUCCAUGGGUGAUCGAUCAGACGCUGGAUCCGCCAGUGCCCCGAAGAGGAGGAAAGUCAGUGAAGGCGGCCCUCAAAGUCAGGCUGCACAUCGGAAAGAACUGGAACGGCUGGACACGAAAUACUAUGAUCCUGAGCAAGAUCCUGAAGCACGACGAGAAUUGCGCAAAAACUUUCGCAAACUCUACUCCAAGUACAACGAAUCCAAGACAGAUUAUCUCAAGCCAGACAAUAAAGGUUUAGAAGAGACCUUGCGAGAGGCAGACAAGCUCUACCAGGAUGUCAAGCAAACGUCAGAUGCCACUAUCGACUCUCGGUUGCUGGUAGAGGUUGCAGAUUUUUCAUACAAGAAAAUCAACAGCUUACAUCUGGGAAAUGUGACCACUGGAAUCGAUGUCGACGAUUUUGUCACCAAGUGUAUUGGCUUCAUGAAGAGAGGACAGGAAGUUGAGAGAAAUAUUGCGUAUCAUCCGCGCAGCACUCAGGCUGGGUCCCAGCACCAGCGGCGGCGCACCCGAGCUGAAGAAGACGAUGAGGAUGAUGGUGAUGGUGAUACGAUGAACUGGGAAUAUCUUGGGCAGAAUGCUUGCUUCCUCUACAAUUCUCGCCCAUGCCUCACAGGUUUCAUGCUUGGUCCGCUUUCUGUUCAGAAGAAGGUGCGACAACAGACACAACGGAAGGCGAGAGAGGCGCGCAGUCAAAAUACACAAACCACUCGGCCGACGGAACUGGGUGCUGAAGACCUAGAGAGCCAGGAGUCUGCUAGUCUCACAGUGGUCUGCACCGAAAUUGCACGGCUUCUCACGAAUGCACAGGAGAAGGGCAGCGAGAAUGCCGAGAGAGAAUUUGAGGAACUUGUUGGUGAUCCUACCGACGAAGAAGCAGCAGACAUCCUUCGCCGCAACAACAUGGCGGAUAAUGGAUGUGUUCCACUUUUCAAUUUCUGCGUCAACCCCAGGUCGUUCGGACAGACCGUGGAAAACAUGUUCUAUGUAAGCUUCCUAAUCAAGGAAGGAAAGGUUGGACUGGACUUCGACGCGAACGGUCUGCCAACACUGGGUAUCGCAGCCAGUCGGUCAGUUGCUGAAAGACAGGAAUCACAGCGAAAUCAAGCCGUGUUCACUCUAGACUUUGACACCUGGGAAGAAAUCACCAAGAGCUUCGGGAUUGAGAAAUGCAUUAUACCCCAUCGCAAGGAUGAAAAAUAUGAUGAUGGCAUUAUUGAAUAUGCCGAGGAAAUGGAGGACGAUGCGGAUCGAGUAGCUGAACGAGAAGAUUCCGAGCUCUAUUCAUGA